AUGUGUCGUUGGUUUGCUUACAUCUCCGCAACGGAGCCAUGUCUUCUAGAAGACGCCCUCGUCACACCUGUCCACGCCCUUUCCAAACAAGUCCACGAACACUACCUCCCUAAGCUCCUCUCCCACGACCCCUCAGCCCACACCCAAUACACAACUGAAGCCGAAGUAACUACCCGCAACCGCCUCUUCAAUGUCGAUGGCUUCGGUAUGGCCUGGUAUAGCCCCGACCUCUCAACCUUCUCUCCAUCUUCCUCAACCAAGCCCACAUUGCACCCCGCACUUUACAAAUCUAUCCAACCUCCCCUCCACGAUUCCAACUUCCGCAGCCUCUGCGCCAACACGUCCUCCCCUGUCCUCCUGGCACACAUUCGAGCGGCGACAGCGACAGCCAUCACACCAACCAAUAACCACCCCUUUACCUUCGGCAUCCACACCAUAAUGCACAACGGCUACAUCUCCUCCUUUGCCCUCAUCAAGCGCGCCCUCUGCGCCGCCAUGUCCCAAGAAACAUACGCGCACAUCCAAGGCGGCACCGACACGGAACACUUCGCCGCCCUCCUCAUGACGAACCUGUGUCCCCCCUCUACUUCUCACAACCCAAACCCUUACUCCGGAGAAGAAAGCGAGGCGUCAUUCCCAGCGGCGUGGGAGCAUUACCACAGCGUCGAAGAAAUGCACGCCGCUCUAGUGCAAACGAUCUCCACGAUCAUUGAAAUCCAGAAGUCUGAGCUGGGUGCGAAAGCAGAGCCUAAUGAUCUGAAUAUCUGCGUUACGGAUGGACGGUCGCUUGUUGCGUGUAGGUACCGGAAUCAUGCUACUGAGCAGCCUCCUUCCCUUUACUAUUCUACGGCUGCAGGCGUGACGUUGAAUAGACAGUUCCCUGAUCAUCCUGACGGAGCAAAGGGUCCGCAUGGGAAGGGGAAUGGGAAGGCUGUGAGUGGGAAGAAGGCGGCUGAGGGUGCUGAGGGACACAACCCUCAUGCGAGGCGGGAUGCGGGAGAUCAUGGGAAGCAUGCUAUUGUUGCGAGUGAGCCGACGACGUAUAAAGAAAAGGAGUGGACGUUAAUUGAGAAGAAUCGGGUUGUCUUGGUUGGUCCUGAUGGCACUGUGACGGUUGAGGAGAUUGGUGUUUGA